UCCUCAAUGUUUUCCACUUUCAGCGACGAUGAAACGACACUGUUCUUUAGCUUCCUCGGCGCCGUAGCUGCUCUCGUCUUCUCCUGUAUGGGAGCUACAUAUGGGACGGCUAAGAGUGGUGUUGGUGUGGCUUCAAUGGGUGUGAUGAGGCCUGAGUUAGUGAUGAAGUCUAUUGUACCAGUUGUUAUGGCUGGUGUUUUGGGUAUUUAUGGCUUGAUUAUUGCUGUUAUUAUUAGUACCGGGAUCAACCCUAAGGCCAAAUCGUAUUACCUUUUCGAUGGUUACGCCCAUCUUUCAUCUGGUCUCGCUUGUGGCCUUGCUGGUCUUUCUGCUGGUGUAACAUCCCAAUUUAAGGGUAAAAAUUAA